AUGAUGUCUGCCCCAUUACCUUUGAUUUCCUCUGGCCCUAUGGUUAUCCCUACGAAGGGUUCUUCGAGGUCUAGAGGAAAUCACUACAAAAACAACAAACAUACGGGUGUAGCACCGGCAGUUGCGGCCCUCCUGGCGCAGCAACAACAGCAGCAACGGCCUUCUCCGAACGUUUUUAUUGAGCCUCCAACGCCUUCCGACGAUAUACCUUUGUCAUUUGAUGAUGCCCUUGGGGAGUCUGUUUUCCUUGGUUUAGAAUCCGUUGCUCUAUCUCGUGAUCCCUCAAGAGAUUCAACUCGAUCUUCAUUAUCUCUACUCCUUGGUCCCCCGGAUUAUGACGAUGAUACCUCCUGUUCGCUUCAAAAGUCACCAAGCGACAGUCACCUGUCAGUUCGGUCCGAUUCAUCAGAUUCCGUGCCUUCUCUUGAAGAUGACGACCGGUCUACAUUUUCGUGGAGCAGUUUUCAAUCGUUGCCCCUCCCUCGAAAACGUCCGGCCGGUGAUCCCCGGGCUCGAAUCCUGGCAUCGAAUUCUGAGGAGUGUCACUUCGAUCACCCGCUAAUGUUCGAUUCCGACGACGAUGCCGCAGAACCUGUGCUUGAACCAGAGUUAGGAUUCUUUUCCGAGGACGCUCUAAAACGGGUGACCCGCCGCCUUAAUUUCAAGUCGAAUCUGACUGCCUCGAUUCGCGUCCUUAAAUCGGCUGCCCGGAGUUUUUCAUCUAUUUCAGUCGCUGCACCCUUUACCCAGCCAGAUGAUUACCUUACCCGAAGUAUCCUUUCAAUAUCACCUCAAUUCACAGAUGAGAAGCGACCGGCCCUGAGUCUUGAUACCCCAACACCAGCGCUUCGCCGUUAUCUAAACCCAACAAAUGCUACCCCCGAUUCCCCUUGCACUGGAGCGAUCCAGAUGCAAACAUACUCUUCAUCGCAAAAACCUAGCAAAGAGACACACAAGGAUGCAUCCGCUCCAAAUUCCCGUGUAUCCAACCCGGCCGCACGACCACGCGAGGUCAGGGAAAACGGUGAUUUUCUCCGCGUUAUUGUUUUGGAGAUGAACAUGCGUCGGCGAGGCAAGCUGAGUGAUACUGCGCAUGGGAAGGCCAAAAUCGCCCUCCCGCCACGUCAACCAUACAAGUAUAGGGUAUUAGGAGAUGCCAGACGCUGGGAGGCUUGGACAUGCAGUUACGAUGAAUAA